AUCGUUUAACUAUUUUGAACGAAGAGUUGUCUCGCUUUAAUCUGAUACAACCAAACAUAAAAAUCAAUACAUUAACGACAGUUGCUAGCGUUGCCCUGUUAAUCAGUACGUAUUUUAAACCUUGUGUUUCACCAGAAAGGAAAUAACUUGUCGCUGAAGAUGGCUAUUCCAAGUUUUGCUAAAGCGGUCUCUAAUUGUUUGUCUCAUGUUCUUGAGAAUGUCGGUGUAAAUGAAGAGACAGUGGCAAAACGACGAGAGCUGUACCACCAAUCUGAAGUUAUAAAAGAGAUAGGGAAUAAUCUGAUGGCAAAGUAUUUUAACAUUCCAUCUUUUAAGAAUUACAAAAUAUGCCAUUUUGGAAGUAGAAUUGAAGGUUCAACAACAUUGGGUAUAAAUUCUGACAUCGAUCUGGUCUACUUGUGCCCUUCCCUGUAUUCGAUCGUACAGUCAAAUGUAAAGAACACACAAUGUUUGUUUAAGGUUAUGAUAGAGAAAUCAGCACCAAAUGGAUAUUGCAAACUUAAAGCAUAUGCAGUACCUGAACGUUAUGAACGUUAUUUUGUUGAUCAUAAGGGCGAUCGUUUUAUUCCGUACGCUCACAUAGAGGAACACUUCCAAUUUACUAUGGAUAUGAGUGGAUUAUCACCAAUGAUAAAGAAUGGGCCUUCAUCAAGUGAAAGAAACACUGAUCAUAUCAAAGCAAUCCUAGUACCUAGCAAUCUGUUGAUGUCAAGUGAAAUCAUAAAACGGUUUCAUUCAUAUUCAUGGCCUACAAAACAACUUAUUGACAAAGUAAAAGAGGUAAAUGGUCUGGUUGUACCUAUUGGCCACCCGCAAAGUGAAACUGCUAACAUCGAGUGGCGAUUAUCUUAUUCGUUUGCAGAGAGGUUGUUCAUAUUUGAUUUCAAUAUAACACAGCUGAGAUGUUUAGUUAUAUUAAAGCUGAUAAAGAAAACGUUCCUUCAACCGAUUGUAGGUGAUAAGUUUACAAGUUAUCACUGCAAAACAAUAAUGUUUUACACGAUAGCGAGAACUUCACCAUCCCUUUGGAAAAGGGAUCGUUUGUUGGACUGCAUAUCAAGCUGUUUAUCUACACUUCAACAUUUUCUGUCGAGUCAUUAUUGUCCUCAUUUCUUUGACCCUUCUGUGAAUUUGUUUAUUGGAAAAAUGACUCCGUUGUUCUGUAAAAGGCUAAGUAAAAUUGUAGAGGAUCUUCUAAAUGGAAAUCUACUAUGCCUGUUACAAAUUCGAGUUGAUGAUAUAGGACUAAGAAUGCUUAAUCACCGAUCAAUAAUAAGUCCAAGCUUCUUUCUGCCACGAGAAUAUAUUGAAAAGCGAAUCAUUGCAGAAAUAAUAUUUGACAGAAACCAAUAUUUUAUUGAAUAUUCAAGGUUUCCGUAUGUAUAUAUGUUUAAAGCAAAACAAACAUUGAAGAAACAGACAAUUAUUGGAUUUAGGUUAAUUAAAGAACUUCUAAACAUUAUUGCUAACAAAGCUGACACGGAGCAAGUUGUAGCUAAGCUAAUGCUGCCGCACUAUUUGUUGAAACAUGCCUCACUUUUAGCAGCAUAUAGAAUAAAAAAGAAGCAGCCAAUAUCAGAAGAUAUCGUGGAUAUGUUCAGAAUCGGAUUUCAGACUGAUGCCACAUCGAGCAGAUUAAAACUAGCGUCAGUAUUCUGCUGUAAUUCGGAAUACGAUAAAUCCUUACAGGUUUUAAAUGAACUUCGUAAAAUAUAUUUUUCUGACACUUUUAAUUUACCGGCGUGUUUUAUGUACUUACAAGCACAUUCAUCAUUGUGGAAUGAGUACUACAAAAUGUCCGAGUACACACUCGGUGAUAUCUGCAGCAGUGAGGCAUAUUCCUUUUGUGUUGAGUUUAAGAGAAAAGACAUUUGGUGUUGUCCAUUAGGACUGAGACGGUCUGUUGCAUAUUUUCGGACCAGUAGAUUGCCAGACGUUAAUGAUAACAACUCAUUUCAUAAAAAGUUUGGCAUUGAACUAGACUCAAAUGUAGUAUUUCAUUACCUCUGUUAUCUGACAUAUUCAGAAUUGGCAGAAAACGAAAGCAAGAUAGACGCUUUAAAAGCUUUAACACACAAAAUAAUAGGAAAUCCAAAAACAUGGAGUAAAUAUUUCUUUGAAAUUGCUAACAGUGAGGAAUUGGAAAUAGUAACUUUAUACAGAAAGUUGGUGCUAAUGGAAAGCGAAAUCGACAAAAAUGAUUCAAACAUAUGUAAACUCCUAAAUAACUUUAGGGUAGAUCCAUUUGGAAGCAUACGCCAAUGUCUUCGGUAUACAUUUGAACGAAACUCAUCUAUUCAACAUACUGGAUUGGCUUUGAUCUUGAUUGGAUAUUCCUUUGAACUGGAAAACAAAAUGGACUUUGCAAGUGCUUUUUACUGGUUUUCAUUUAUUAUUGACGCGGAAUCCGCUGCAGAUCAGCAUUUGCGAAGGGUUUGUCCUCUCAGAGCUAUUUAUGAGUAUUUUACAGACUUUUACAACGAUAUUGACGACAUGGCUACUUCCAUAGAGCUUGAGAUAAAGUUGAUACCUGAAAUAGUUGAAGCAUUUGUCAACCUGAUGCGAGCUAAUAUAUAUCUUGGCCUCUUAGAAGAAACAGAAUUUCAAGAAGGUACAUACAGAGCACGAUGUUGUGUUUGCCUACUGAAUGCACUUGUUAAAAAUAAAGACAGACACGAAAGCGAACCUCUUGAAGUGUUCCCUACUGGUCUUCAAAUUGUACAAGCAACUCAAAACAGCAUACUUUUGUAGAUUGUUCCUUAGCUUGUUUUGAGGCGAUCUGUAGUAUGAUUGCUUAUACUGAUUCUGUAACGCGGUAAUCAACAAGCACAUGGAGUGAUAUUUCAACGGAAUAACUUAAUCAUACAUUAUUUCCUUACAAACAUGAACUCUGCAAAUUGUAUUAAGAAAUUCUCAACAAAACAAAACAUUUACAUUUCCUGUAGAAAUGGUACUAGUUCUAGGCAUUAGAAAUCGGUUAAUCAAGCUUAAGAAUACGGAAACUUCGUUCAAACGUAUUAUUUUCCUCAGUUAAAAGAAAUGUAUUAUGAUUCAAACAAAUAAAGGUAUUUAAUUUAAGUCAAUGCAA